GACCUUUAAUUGAACAGAAGAAUAAAAAAAAAUUGGAAUUGGCGAUGAGAACUGAGCUUAAAAUAACAGAAAUCAUAAAUAAUUUUGAGAAACAGAAAAAAAUAUUAGAAAAAGAUCAUAAUGAUACUUGGUUAAUGAGAGAGAUAAAAUUUGUAUAUAAAAAAAAAAGUAAUUUAAUCCGAAUUGCAACUAAUUAUGAAGAAGAAUUAGAAUUAUUAAACGAAGAACUAAAAUAUGUUAUUGAUACAUUAAGGAAAGAUAUUGAAGAUAAAAUGAAUUUGGAUUUGGAAAAAAAAAAAAAUUUUAAAUCCAAAAAAUUAAAUCUAGAGAAACAAAUUAAUAAGCUAAAAAAAAACGAUGAUUUCAAAAUGUUGAGAAAAAUAAUAGAUGAAUUAAUUGAAGAAAAUAAAAAGUUAAGAAGUUCAAAUCAUAAAAAUGUUGGCAACAUAACAGCUCUAAACCAACAUAUACAAAUUUAUUCAACAAAUUUUAAAAAAUGA